UGGAGCCGUGGGAUAAACUAACAUUAAAAUAGGAGUAGUCGAAAGAAGUAGUCGUUCAGAGUUAUUUGGUGAUUGUAAUUCCAUUCGGUAAUUACUCGUUGAAGAAAUUGUCAUUUUUUAAAAAGAAAAAUAUGGAAGCAGAACCGUUAGAACUCGAAGAAGGCGAAGUUAUAGACGACGAGACAAGCGACAUUGAAACGUACAAUGUUUUGGAAAGACCUCACGCAACUUCCAAUAUAGAGGAACAUGUCAAAAUGGGCUACAGUGAUGAAUCUGACGAUUCUGUGGACUCUGAAAGUGAUUCUGAUUCAGAUUCUGGCCGUAUUACCAAGAAAAGACCUAAAUUGAAACUAAAACCAUCUAGACGAUCUGCCAAAAACUGGGGAGACAGAAGCGAUAAAUACAAAAUAUGGUGUACUCAGAUACAAGAGGAUUCUUUAACGGAAGAUUUAGUAUUGUGCGGUGUUACAAAAAAACGAUAUCAAGAACGUAAUGUCGAGAAUUACAAUGUUCCACGCCAUUAUUCUGUAAACGGUGAAUGGAAUAUGGAAAAUCGUAAUAAUAACAGUUCCGAAGAUGAAAAAGAUGCUGAUUGCAGAUUAACCAAUAAAAGAACAAAUUCUGACAGAAGUAAUAUUAAAUUAAGAUUAGGAAAAAGACGUAAUUCAAUGGACGUAGAUAAUCAAAAAGGAACGGUACGAAAAAUAGCGGAUUUAAGUGCAACGAUUGAAUCGACUGAUGCGGACGUAGCUACCGAUAUAACAUCAAAACUUAACGAGAAAAAGGAUAUUCUUAUAAGGCGAAUUGUAGAUAUAAUUGGCAAAGAAAAGGCUAUCGAUUUCUUUCAAGAAACAAAGAAGAUCGAAGAAAGAGGCGGUAUGUUGAUAAUGAACGGAUCACGAAGAAGAACUGCAGGUGGUGUUUAUUUAUGGUUAGUAAAAAAUGACAAACAUAUUCCUCAAGAAAAAAUAAGAGAAAUUUUUUACUAUGAUAAAAAAGAAAAUGCGGAUCAAAAAAAAUCUGAUGCUACCGCGAGAAGGCAAAAGGCACAAGAACUAAUAAAAUGUCUAGAAAAUGGUUCGGAAAAAGAUCUUCCUGCUCUAUUAACAAAAGCAGAACUUUCUACAAGAGAAAUAGCUGAAGAAGCGAGAUUAAGACGUGGGGAAGGCAUGGAUAGAAUGCCUAUGGAUUCUGAUCGUACAGUGACUAAUCCACCACCUAGUCCUGUAACGGAUGAUCCAGAUCAUUCGGAACAUCCGCUUGUACAAAGGCAUGUUCAAAACUAUGAAGAAGACUUUCUUGAUAUCGGAGUUGAUAUAGACAGUAUGGAAGUACUUUAAAAUAUUUUUAUUUCAUUGUUUCUUUGUAAAAUGUAUUGCACAGAUAAUUUGUACAAAGAACAGUUCUAAUUUUUGCAAGAAUAUGCAUAUAGAUGCAUAUGGAUGUAUAUAUGAUGUUACGAUAUUAUAUACAUAAUCUAGUGACAUGAUAUAUAUGUGUGUAUGUAUAUACAUACAUACAUACAUACAUACAUACAUUAUGAUGAAUACAAUUUACAUAAUUUGUACGUUUGCUUACCAUACAUACAAUUGAAACUAUCGGAUAUAAUCAAAUAACGAUUAAUCCAAAUCUACAGCAACGACGUUCCAUAUUGUGAUAAUAUAAUUUAUCAAGUGUAUAUAUUAU